AUGUCUGAUUUUGUUGAUUCUAAGUCAGAAUCUUCAUUUGUGGAGGAAGAUUUUGGAAGUAGGAGGAGACAUUUGACUGAAUUGGUACAAAAUUGGAAUGAAAAUAGACUUGAGUUGUUUGCUAUUUCAUUACCUGAAGAUGAUAGUAAUGAAAUAUAUGGUGUAAUGAGAUUUUAUUUUCGUGAUGUUGGAGAAAAAGUAUUUUCAAAGUGUCUUAGAAUCUCAUCUACAGCAACAACUGAUACAGUUAUUGAAGCAUUGGUAGAAAAAUUUAGACCUGACAUGAAAAUGUUAUCAACACCAGAAUACUCCUUAUGGGAAGUUCAUGGAAGUGGUAAUGAAAGAAAAUUAGAUAAAGAUGAGAAACCAUUACUUGUACAAUUAAAUUGGCAUAAAGAUGACAAAGAUGGUAAAUUUUUACUAAAAAAUAAUUGUGAACCACAAAAGAUUAAUCGAAAUGUGGGGAGAUUUUCAAAGAGAUUUAGAAAUAAAUUAAAGAAACGAUCAAAAAGUAUGGAUAAUGGGAAGAAUCAACUUGAAGAAUCAAAAACUAUUGCAGAAGAGAUACUUGAUGAUGUACCUAGUAAUUCAUUUAAUAGAACAAUUUCUAAUCCUGAAAUUGUUAUGAAAAAACAAAGAGAACAAAAACUAGAAAAUAAAUUAAAAGAAAUUGUAAGUGGUAAUGGUGGAUCAUUAAAAAUAUACAGUUAUAAUAUUAAUUCAUUCAAAAAAUAUGUUUCAAUACUUGCUUCAAUUUACGACACUACAUCAAAAAUAUUAAAUGAAGCACUUCAAAAGUAUGGUCUUGAGAAUGAUGAUUCAUCUAAUUUUGUUUUAACUCAGAAAAUUGUUCCACAAAAACUUGUAAAUGAAAUAUCCAAAUCUUCUUCUGAUAUUAAGGAAAAAAAAGCCAAAGAUCCAGAAGUUUUUGGUGAAAGAAUACUAGGUGACAAUGAAUAUCCUUUAUUGAAUCUUCUUAACUAUAAGAAAAAUCAAAAUGAUACUACAAUAACAAAUGAUGAAAUCAUUUUCACUUUGAGGCGUCGUUCAUCUGUCAACCAAAAUUUUGAUGAGAAACCUUUUGGAAAUUUCUCAAUGACACAAUAUCAACAUCAUAUCGAAAUAUCAACUAUUUCACCAUCAACAUCUUCUGAAAUGGAUAAAUUUAUUUCUAUAAGACCAAUUAUUGUUCCAAUUAAUAAUUUAACAGAAAGAGAGAAUCAUGAGUCAGCCAUCACAAUUCAACCUAGCGUAACAAUUAUCGGUUCAAGUCAAGAAUUAGCACAACCACAAAAUCAAGGAAUAUUACUGACCGGGCAAAAUAUAACUCCAAGACAUUGUUUAAUCUCAUUUUCUGAUGGCACUGUUUCAAUAACUCCAUUAGAUAAAAGAAAUUUAGUUGAAGUUAAUGGGCAAAAAAUUACCUCAACAACAUUACUGAAAAAUGGGUUUAUUAUAAAAAUAGGAGAUGUACAUAAAUUUAGAUUUUAUUCAAAUUCAAUUACCAAUCAAAAUGUUUCUGUAGAAAAAUGUUAUGAUACAAAUCCAUAUGCAACACCAAUUAUUACAAGAAGGGAAUCAUCAUAUCAUCUUACGUCAAAUACAUGUUAUGGAAAUUUUCAACAUCCUCCAAUUUAUCCUCCUCAAAAUUUACCUGGUCUGAUAGAAGUUAACAAUCAAUAUGGUAAUGAUAAUUUAUUUUUAUCAUUAUUAAUAACUAAUUCAACAAUUCAAUUAACUAAUUCACCUCUUGCUCCAACAUUGAUUCUUUAUAUGUCAUUAAGACAUAGAUCAUGUACAUUAUAUAAACCAUAUAUACAUAUGGGUAUAAGAAGUGAAUAUCUUCAACAAUAUUUUGAUAUUAUAUGUAAAAAGAUAACACAUGUAAUCUAUUCAACAUCUUCAAAUAUUGAUAGUUUAGCUUUUUGGUUAACUGUUUCUUCUGAGUUACUUUUUAUAAUUCAAGCAGAUACUCAUCUUAAUUCAAUAUUAUCACAAUUAGGAGAUAAUUUAUUUAAUCUUGUUGAAAAAUGUUUUUCACUUUUAAGUGAUGCAUGUCAUAUAAAAUUAUCUCAAACAAUGAACUCAUUCUUAAAUGUAGAAAUAAAUGAUACAGAAGCAAGUAGUGAAACAAUUGUUAUUUUUGAAAAUAUUGUAAAUCAACUACAUAGAAAUAAUAUAAAUGCAAAUUUACAAAUUCAAAUUUUUUCACAACUUUUUCAUUAUGUUAAUAUGUAUAUUUUUAAUUGGAUGGUUGGAACAGAAGAAGGUGCCCGUCACCUAACACUUUCCUGGGCCAUUCAUUUGAAAGAAAGACUUUUUAAUAUUUAUAAAUGGGCAGAGAAUCAUGGAUUGGAGUUAGCUUUUGAAUGUCAUAUGGAUAGAAUUCAACAGGCUGUUAAUUUAUUAAUAACUCCUAAAACAAUUGAUCAAGUGGCCGUACUUGGUGCUACCUGUUAUAAAUUAAAUUCACGUCAAAUUGAAUAUUUACUAACAAGAUAUAUUAAUGAAGCAUCUGAAGCACCAAUUACAGAAAAUAUCAUUAAUGAUUGUAUAAAAUUAUCACAAAGUUUGGCAGAUGAGUCAGCAAGAGAAGAGGGUUUAUCUAUUGAAUUAUUAGAAGAAAAAAGAUUAAAUAUUCCAUUUACCUUUCCACAGGAGGGAUAUCUUAUUGAACAUCAAAAAGGUAUUCCACCAUAUUUGAUGGAAUUGAUAGAUCAUUUAGAAGGACAAGGUUUAUGUCGAUUUAUUUCACUUCCUAAUAUCAAUGGUUCCUGGACUGUUCAUAUGAAACAUCAUAUUCAUAAUUUUGAUACAUUUUCACAAGCUUCUACAGAAUCUGCCUCAUCUAAAUAUUAUCAUAAUAUGUUAUAUAAUCAAACAUUUGUUAAUAAUAGUAAAAUUAAGUCACAAAUUAUAUCAGUAUCAUUUACUAAAAUUAAUAAUGGUAUUGGUCUUUCAAUUGUUGCAGCACAAUGCAAAGAUGAUACAAAUGUAGGAAUUUAUGCAAAGCAAGUAUUUGAAGGAGGUGCUGCAUAUAAGGAUGGUAGAAUAGAACCAGGUGAUCAAUUGUUAUCAUUAAAUGGACAUUCAUUAAUUGGUAUAUCACAGGAAACUGCAGCAAAUAUUAUGAUUCAAAGUGGUCCUCAAUUAUAUUUUGAAGUGGCAAAAAAUGCUGCUUAUUAUAAUGGUUUAUCGUCUAUAUUUUUUAAAAAUAGUAAUAAUUAUACUUCAACAUUUAAUAGAAAUAUUCCAAGAGGUGAAUCAUUAUUACAAAACAAUUUAUAUAAACGAAAUACAAAUCGUCCAAUAGUCAUUCAACCAGGAAGACCAUCAAAGUACAAUACUUCUACUGUAAAUAAUUUAUUUAAAGGAUAUCCAAUAAAUUACAAUAGUUAUAAUUCAAUAUAUAGUUCUCCUAAUAAAAAUAUUAUCCCUUCAAGUAAUAUUUCAUUAAAUUUAAAGAAAUUAGAUUCAACAUCAUUAUAUUCACAACAAAAAUCUUCAAUUCCAAUUGCUAGUGUACAACCUAACAAUUUACAACUUAAAAGAAUUUAUCAAAGUAAUGACAAUAGAAGAAAAUCAGAAGAGUUACAUAAAAAAUUGGAAAGUGAAAUGACAGAAGAAAGAAGUACUGAAAUAGUUGAGAAUGUUAGUUUGAGGUACCAUGAUGGUCUUGACCAAUUGAAGAAUACUACUAAAAGUUCUAAUGAUACAUAUAAACAUUUUAUUCCUUCAAUAUUAUCUUUAUCAGAGAUGACAUCAAAAUUUGAAUUAAAACAAGAAACUCAAAAUUCUUCUAUAGAUAAUAGUAGUGGUAAUUAUUGUCAUACUGAAAUUGAAGAUUCAAUAGAUGCUCUUCAGAUGGAUAUAGAAAAAAUUAAUUUGUCUAUUGAUGAUGAUAAAUCUAAAGAAAUUUCACAACAAUUAUUUACUCAAAAAGAAAAUAGUAAUCCACAACAAAAAGAUGCUGUUGAAGAUAUCAUGGACGAUUUUAAAUUAAUAGGAAAAGAAGAUGGUGAUGCAGAUGAACCAAGAGUACAAAUAAUUGGAAAAAAUGAAGUGUAUAAUGAUACAAAAAUCUUUUUAAAUAAAUUAAAUUUGCGUUAA